AUGCUGCCUGCCAGCCUAGCUGCAGAACUGGAAAUCACUCAAGAAGAGAUGGACCUUUUUGCAGAGGACAUAUGUUCUGUUUGUCCUGGUUGCAAACGCGUGCAAUCGACAACCGCAGCCGUCCGUAGCGCCAUUGCUCACAUUUCCUACAUCUCGGCCGUGGAAGGACACGAGUUAGAGAAUAUCUGGUGGCGGAUGCAUCACUUGGACCAGGCCAUGAACAGGGUUAAGAAACUGCUCGGCGGCGACAAGACACCACCGGAACCGGGAUCCCCCAAAGAUAAUGUGAUGGUGGUUAUCAACGUGUCCUUGAAUACCUUGGCCUACAUUCUCUCGGCCUUGGAUGCAUACGGCUUCAGGUCACAGGCGGAUACACAGCAUCACUUCUUAGUCUUUCGUCAUCAGCUUGACAACAUCCUCGGCAUCAUUGCGGGGAUUAUCAAAGCUACAGCUCCUCUUCUGGAGGCUGAAGGUCCGCUCCUCAAGGCUGAGGAUUGUCACGAGGGCAUGGAAUUGCCUAAUGACCCUUCGUCGUCUCCUUAG